GUAUUUUACUUACGAUUUUCGUAUUUUUUAAAAUCAACAAAAUGAAAUGCCGCAAAUGUUGAAGACAACAUUACAUGUUAUUUAAUAAAAUUGUGUUGUUGUACACGUAUACAUAAGACAUGGAGAUAUUUGAAAAUAUCUGCCGCACUUGCGGCAACGAUUGCUUGGACGCAAUAAAUAUUUUCGUGGACAGCGUCGUUGUGCUGGAUAAGAAUGUACCAAUAUCAGAAGUAUUAGCGGGAUGUCUGCCAGCUUGCGGGUCUCUGCCACCUCUACAGCGGGGCGAUGACUAUCCACAGCAGAUUUGUCGUGUGUGCAUUAAAAAACUAAUUAUGAUCUACGAAUUCAACAACAAAUGGUUGACAGCCAACAACGAAUUUGGCGUCGCUUUAAAAUUUGAACAACGUAGAAAUCGAUCGCGUGUCUCGCAGCCAACGACGGAGCAGAAUUCCAUUAAGUUCACAGUCAAGACUUUAGAUGCCAACGACCAGGUCAUUGAGACAGAUGAUGAUGAUAUUAAGGCGACCAAUAUUGUCUUCAAGAACGAGCCCAAUGAAUUUGUCGAGAUGGAGAUGAUUAGCGAAAAGGAGCUAAGCACAAAGACCAAUUUAGGAGUAGCAUCGACUUCUAUUAAUUAUCAGUGCGCCUUGUGCGAGGAACAAUAUCAUACGCUUGCUGCCUAUCAGAAGCAUCACAAAUUCAGUCAUCGUAAUUGUCAAUUCAUAUACUAUACUCCAGGACAAUAAACCUCACUCACUAGAAUUAAA